ACUCGGACUCGCUUUCAAAGAGUGCUUCCUCUUUGCGACUACGCGCAUUCGCACAACGACACCCAGUUCGCGGGAACCGCUCCGAUCUAACCGGCUUAGUUCGUAAGCUGUGCCUCCGACAAGGCAGAUUCCGCUCUCUCGCGACUUUCCCUGGCGCCACAGCGAUCAUCUGGUGUCCUCACAGUCUCAUGCGCGCCGCGAUAUCCUCGCCCAGCCGAUCACGAUGUGCGACUAGACGCACUACGUAUGAAUUAGCCGCCGCCGACCGCCAAUGCAUGGGUGUGUCUCAAACACCUCUGAGGAUGCCAACGACGCCAAAGUCGUAAGGCCUCGCUGAGCCCUCCAUGGCAAUCGACGCACCCGUGCGAUCCUGCACCGUCGUCCUCCACGACGAUGACACCUCCUCGGAAGAUGUCUUGUGCGGCGCAGAUGUUUUACCACUCGGCGACGUCGCCGUACUGUCCGCGCCAGGAGCCAAAUCGCUUUGUAUUCAAAGCACGAAGCCCGCUUCCCACGCCUCCGAUGUCUCCAUCCACGUUUCCGUGGCGCGACUUUUCGGCUUCGAGAAUCGCAUGAGGGCAAGUGUGGAGACUGUGGACGAUGCGGAAGCCGUUACAGCCACGCAUGUUGAGUUGCUCUUCCGCGAUCAGCAGCUCUCGCGCGCCGACAUGUGGAAGAUCCGAGCCCAAAUCGACUCUUCUGUCGUCUACGAGACUCAGAAACUGCAGUAUCUCGGUUCGGUGACUGCGACCAUCGAAGCCAUCUACCACUCUGGGCAGAGAGUUCAGUCGGCUUUCGUCAGUCAUCCGCAGACCAAAUUGAUUUUCCGGGGUGCUAGUGCACGAUUCACCAUCUUGAUCCAAGUCUCGAAGGAGAUGCUCGAAGACUGGUAUGGCUGCGACCUGAUGUACGAACGGAUGCUCAAUGGCUUUUUACCCGAGCUUUUCCAUCGCUGGGAUGCGCUGAAGGUCCGGCAUCAAGUAUCCGUGGUGCUGUUUGGACGUGUCUUGCAAGGCUCAAAGCAGUCGCCCGCGCAUCGGGACUUCUUCCAAGUCGUCGCUCUGGAUGUACCCUGCAAUACUUGGCGGGGACUGCUACGCAAAUUGAAGAGGACAUUCAACAACGCUCAAUUGCCGAGCGAAGUCUCGCUUGCGGCAGAUGGGAAUAUGCUGGAAGCCAUCCACGCCGCGGCUCUGGACUUCAAUCAGAGAGAUACUGAGCAGCGCCUUACCAGCACGGGCACUUCUGUUGUUGCAGUCACCGCGGGCGCCGGCUUAUUCAACACAGACUACGAAAAGCUCAAGAGAACCACCGAGCUUCUAGUUGGCACCAACAUUGGAAUCGACAUUGUAUCCGUGUCGCGGCAACCGCUCCAUCCGGUGCCGAUAUUCCGGUACGUGCGCGCUGGAACAGUCGAAUACGCUUUGCCCCAUUGGAUCGAUAUCUCAUACUGGUCAUCGCCUCAUGACCCGCAAGAAUCUCGGUGGCUUAUGCCGGAUGCAAGCAGCGAGUUCUGCAAUGUCAAGAUUGGCAGACUUCCUGCAAGAGAUCCGUCGGUCUCGAUCGAAGAGUAUACUGCUGCGUAUGACGAUGCGACUUUUGCACUGUCCAUGACAACACCACGUUCCAAAAUAGAGACGAGAAAGCCAGGUACGGACAAGAAAGACCGAGCCAGUAAGACGAUCAACGACGAAACGCCACGCACAGAUGGCCUCCCUACUACCAGAACAGUGGACCAGUCAGACGUCGGGCGUGAUAUCGCAGUGGCAAAGCCACAUUCAAUCGCCGCUUCUUCAGACGCCGGACUCAAAGCUCCGCCAAAGACUAUCAAGCCCUCCAGAGCACCCCACCCACUGAUGCAAACAGGCCGCAACAUAAGUAUCGGGCCGCGUGGACUUGCACCAGUUCAAGCAAUCGCUAGCACAGGAUUGUCCUCUCAACACGCUCAGCACGAGAGAGACAGCCUACCAACAGCGUCAUUUGCAGCGAAUAGCAUUACAAGCGGUCUUGCAAAGCAGAUCAAGGAGUCGCUCAGGAAGAAACCCUCGUACCAGAGCCUGCACUCCCAGUCGACAGUCGAAACAACGCAGCUCAGCCAGGCUGUGGACAUACCAGUCGCGGAUCGAGCAUCCACAGAGACUCCUCGCGAUCCUGCUAGUCUUGUCGAAGAGGCAGUCAUGGAGAACGCUGGCCCGCACCCUGGAGAAAGCUUCGAUUCUACGCAUACCGAUCCCAAACGACAGCAAGACGUAGAAGAGGUGCAAUCUUCCCAAGCUGUGCACGAUGAAACCUCUUCAGUCUCGCCCUGGUUAACACUGCUGAACCCGUGCUACCCUCGCAAGGACAACAUGCGCAUAGCUAGCGAAUAUCGGCAGUGGCAGAACAUCUUCACCAGCACCGUGAGCUCGGCGGUCUUCAAAUGGUCCUCUAUCUGCAGCCCCGCUGCAUUACCACUGAUGACUGAUUAUCGGCCUUCUCUUGCUGAUCUUGACAGCCUUGCUGGAAAGAAGGUGCGACGUCUUCUCAUCACCUCCAUCGCGGAGGCUGCAAGCAUUCGGCAGAUCAUAGCGCAGAUGAUCUACAUGCGACUCAAUGCGGGUUUUCAAGUUGUUCCCUCGCGUCGGCGGCCCAAGGAGCAGAUGGGCUUGGAGCAUAUCGAGCGUAUUUUGUUGUCUCUUGGGGAACGGUAUCAUGAGAUUUGUCAGCUGUCAGAGGCGGAAAUCCAGGUUACGGAGUACGAGCCACGACCGCAAGAGCAGGACUCGUCUGUUAUUGCAGAAACUUCAAACGAUACCGCGAAUGGCAAGGUGGAGGUUAUGUCACUAAUCUCGCGCAAGGGUAAGACGGCACAGCUCAGCUGGCACUAUAUGUCAGACUCUCCCGAUUGGUCUCAAGAAGACGACAGAUGCGUAAACAUGACCGGGCCAGCGUACGACGGCGAAAGUCGUAUGAGAUUGGUCUUGAUACCCGUCGAACCCUUCCGAACCGAUGCAAAGACACCGUCAGGAACGAGGGAGCUGUCGGACGAUGAACACCGGUUGGAAGGCAUCCAAAAACUCACGCAAAUGUGGCAGCGGCAUCGCUACUUCACGGACGAGGAUCAGAAGCACCAGACGUCCAUGAUCAAGGCGAAGGCGUUGGAUACGAUGCAGCGCGACCCCAAUCCUCUUGCUAUUGAAUAUCAGACUCGCGAUACCAGUGCUGUUGUGGGGGCUUUGGGGUUAAAACCUGGUGAUGCAGAAAUGCCUACGCGGCUGUUCAGCGAGUCUGAGCAGUUUCAUACGAGUAACUUUGACGUGACGAAGUUGGCGAGGCAGAUGCAGGAGCCGCCACCGAAUGGUGUGGAGUUUAGGGAUAGGAGAUGGUUCACGCGCUUACAUUUGAAGUGCUUCCGCGGCGAUGAAAUGGUGAAUUGGCUCCUCCGCGUCUUCAAAGAUCUCGAGACAAGAGACGAUGCCGUCGCUCUGGGGAAUCAGCUCAUGGGUCACGACAUCUUCUCGCACGUGCGAGGUAGUCACGAAUUCCGAGACGGCAACUACUUCUAUCAAAUCAGAGCUGCGCACCGCACGACCGACUACCCCGAUACCGCGGGCUUCUUCGGCCGGCCUGUCGGACGCUCGAUGCCUUCUACGCCCGGCGGGGAUCCUAGAAUGUCGCCGGCUCCUCGUCCCGUGCAACCUGACAAUGACCUUUUCCGCAAACCGACGCCGACGCUCGGCCCGGUGGAUAGCAGAGAGAAGAGGGUCGUGAUGCUGAGCCAGAAGCUGCAGUAUAAUGUCGACUCCGGGCGGAAAUCCAGCCAAUUGGAGAUCAUCAACGUGCACUAUGAUCGCAUCCACAAUCCAGAAAACUGCUACCACGUCCACAUCGACUGGACCAACACAACCGCCAAGCUCAUCCGCAACGCCAUCCACCGCUGGGCAAGUCUGAUCGAAAGCCACGGCCUCAAACUCGUGCAACUUCCCCUCGAGGAAGCCAGCAAAGUCAGCAACCAGCACCUCCUCGAGCAAUCGUUAAACGUGAAACUCGCCAUCCACCCUCCAACCAAGAAUCCAACAACACCUCAACUCGAACCCCAUCCAUCGGCCUCUCCUCGCGCCGUACGAGAAGAUCGGCACGCCUUCCACAAAGCCAUCCUGAGGAAGGCGAAUUUCGUCCUCGAUCUCGAAUCCGCAUCCAGCUUCCCCCGCUCCGUCGACAUAAGCUACUCCUGGGGCCGCCCGGAUUACGAGCAUACGCAAUUCAUCCACAAAUCCGGCCUCCUGCUCGCGCAAGUCGUCAACGACGGGAAAAGAGACUUCACCCUCCUGCCAAACCGCUUAGCAGCGGCGGUGUCGGCCGCGGGCCACCCGGCUGGCUCAGGCAGUGUGAGGAAGGGAGUCGAGACGGCGUCGGUGGAAGAAAUUGUGCAGCGCUUCACCGCUUUCUGCCGAGACGAGAAGGCGCUUAUGGGCGUGGCGGAGGAGAUGGCAAGCAAGUCUCGGGCCGCGGUGGCGUCGCCUUUUGCGCAUGCUUCGCCUGGAGCGGGCGGGAAGGCGGACCAGGAUGUGCCGCCUAUGGAGCUGCCGCCGCAGUUGACGCAUAGGUCCUGGUUGAAGAAUGUUGGGUAGAGAUAGUUCAAAAGAUGGACCAUGGCCAUGGCCAAGUCACCUGACGUUCGCCCAAAGGGGAACAUUUAGCUUGCUUUGAAAGCGGGCUAAUGGAUGGCUGAUCUCGUCAUCAUUAUUAGCGAGGCUCGAGAGUACAACUACACUCGCCUU